UUGGUGACGUCAGAUGAUGCUGACAGCAAUUAAUUGAUCAGUUUUUUCUGUUUUACUCGAAAAUGCAUUAACAGCGAUUUGUUUCACAGUUGAAGAUUCCAUUAUGAUAGAAUGAGUGCAGGUCCCCUUGUUGUUGAAAUUAUAUGUACAUGUUGUUUAGCUGCAUUUUUAUUACAUCGCUAUGGUGACCUAAGGAAAAAUCAUGCAUUGACAACAUUAGCAACAUUUGUUGCAUGGUACUUCUCCUUCUUGAUAGUGUUUGUUUUACCAUUGGAUGUUUCAUCAACAUUUUACAGACAAUGCCUUCAAGACAACCAACCUCCAGUAACAACCCCAAGCCCAUCUAAUACCACUAAUACCACAAAUGCAACAACAACACCAGGACAAAACCCUUCACAGAAAUAUAGUGCAGAAUCUUCUCCAUGUCAAAAACCUCUGAGUCAUGUACCAGAUAAUGUUUUACCUGCUCUCUGGCAUGUUGUGUACUGGUCAUCUCAGUUUCUCACAUGGUUACUUUUACCUCUGAUGCAGUCCUAUUCCACAGCUGGAGAUUUCAGUGUAGCAGGAAAGAUAAAGACAGCUUUGAUAGAAAAUGCCAUAUACUAUGGAACAUACCUUUUGAUAUUUGGAAUUUGUUUGAUUUAUGUAGCAGCAAGACCUGAUCUUCAUAUUGAUGCAGAGAAGUUAAAAGUGAUCGGAAUAACAGCUAGUAAUACCUGGGGAUUAUUCUUACUUGUCCUGUUACUUGGUUAUGGGUUAGUAGAAGUUCCUCGAACUGUUUGGAAUAGUAGUAAACAUGGACAUAUGUUGGGAAGAACACAGUUUAAGAUUUCUAAACUCAGCACAGAAAAAACAGAAGCAGAAGAAAAUCUUGAAGAUGUACUUGAGGAGAUAAAGCAAGUGUCAGACAAAGUACGUUACAAUAAUCCAUUGAGACAACAUGUGGAUACAGUCUUAUCUAAGUGUCCAGAAUCUUUGAGAAAGUCUGUUAAACCCAAUGUAGAUGAUUAUGAAGACUACAAUGCUGUUCAAGAUGUCAUUAGUGAAAAGGCUCUGGUUAAAUUACACAAACGUGUGAUACAGGCCAGCCAGACACACAGACGUACACAGAUUCAAUGGAAUAAUUUAAUGGAGAAGGCAUUUAGUUUAGAGGAUGAGGAAAUGAAUAGAAAUAGUCCAGAGAGAAGGUUCAAAAGGUCAUUUAUGGUGGAAAAAGGGUGGUGGCGUAGUAUUUAUACACCAACUGUUGAAUGGUAUUGGAAAUGUUGGGCACGUCCGUGGACAUUUCGAGUUGUUACUGUUAUUUUAGCAAUUUUCUCGUUCAUGGUUGUAUGGUCAGAAUGCUUAUUCUUCAUUAAAUCUCCAGUUCUGUCAUUAUUUGCUGUGUUCCUUAAUGUAGCCAAGCACAACUAUGAUUAUGUUUACAUUGAGCUGGCUUCAAUUAUAACAAUAGCCUAUUUGUGUUUCUGUGCCUACUACAGUGUGUUCCAGAUCAAGAUACUUAACUUUUACUACAUUGCUCCCCACCACCAGACAGAUGAGUACAGUUUAGUAUUUACUGGAAUGAUGCUUUGUAGACUAACACCACCACUUUGUUUGAACUUUCUCGGACUUAUUCAUCUGGAUAGUCAUAUAACAUACGAUGAACGCUUGCAAGAAACCUCGUACACUCAGAUAAUGGGACAUAUGGAUGUGAUAUCUAUUGUAUCUGAUGGAUUUAACAUCUACUUCCCAAUCAUGAUAGUACUGCUGUGUAUAUGUACUUACUUCAGUCUAGGAAGUAGAAUCCUACAUUUCCUGGGAUUCCAACAGUUUAUAGGAGAUGAUGAUAUGACACAGGAGUUUAUAGAUGAGGGAAAGAACAUUAUUAGUAGAGAAAAAAGAAAAUUAGAGAGAAAGGCAAAUAGUGAUGAAAGAAAAAGGGAAUGGAGUGAAAAGUUUGGUGUUGACUGGUCAAGCAGUUCUAGAAAUGCAUCAGCCAGAAAAGAGGUAGAAACUGCUGGAGACUUCCAAAUGAAUAGAGCCAAACAGUCAGUUGCUAGAAGUCCAGACGAGAAUGAUAAAACUGGACUUCUACGUGAAGCAGAACCUUUGGACUAUACAGCUGAGUUAGAAGUAGAUGACUUUAAUACUAACCGAAUAUCACAAGGGUAUCAAUCUAGUAGACCCGGUACUACAUCCAGUAGAUACGGAUCAUCUAGUGGAACAUCUAGACCUCGGCCACCAAAAGGAAUAUUUGAUGAUGUUUAGAUACCAUGUCAGUUUUAAGUUUAAAUGAAAUCUCUCUAGGGUUGUGUAAUGAAAGAGUGUAGUUAAAGGAUGCAAUGAAAAAAAGAUUUAGAAAUAAUUUAUGCACUUAUGAUUAUAUUCUAUUUUACUAGGAUUAGUAUUUCACACAGUACUUUAAAUAGUUACUAGGAUUAGUAUUUCACACAGUACUUUAAAUAGUUAAUACGUUUUAUUCACAUCAUUUCCAUUUCAAGAAAAACUUUUUUACUAUACACUGAUUUCUAACAUCAUUUCAAUGAUUUAUGGGUAAAUUGGAUCCCUGCAUGCUUAAAAUGACAUGGAUAUUGUGCCCAUUUGAAAUGACAUGGAUAUUGUUCCCACUUGAAAUGACAUAGAUAUUGUGCCCAUUUGACAUCUAUAAUCUUAUGUAAAUCUUCAACCCUAUACCUACAGAAAUAUAUUAAUUUGAUCAUUUAUCUAAGUCGUGAUAUGGAAAUAAAAAGAUACUCAUUCCUUUCAUCAAUGUACUGACAAUGAUUCUAUGCCCAAAGAAGGUGCAAAUAACGUAAUAUUAUCUUGUAAAAAACCAAAUACUUUAAUGAAUGAAAAUGAUUGGAAUAAAUGGUAUUGAAUAUGAUUAAGAAAUAUAAAACAUUCACAAAUUACAAGUUUUUAAUCACAUAUAACAAAUAUUA